UUGCUGCGAACGCUUAUCGAAACACCAGAAUACGUGGAGCUGGUAAAGAGUCUGGAGUUCCGCGCAACGGGCUGUUUAAUUCACGAGCAGCCCAGCCAUGUAUAUUUCAGGUAUCCCCCAAGUGACGGGAUCCAGAAGGAUGAGAAAGAUUUAUUCAAGGACAUCAUCGAUAACCAGCGAUUCGAUGACCCAAGGCACUGGAGAAAAGCGCUGACGAAGAAGGAUAACGACCAAUCUGUCUUCCAGAUGCUCCUCUUGGCAUCUUGCACAUCUUUGGAGUCCCUCUCUGUGUCAGUCGAUUUCCUCAUGCGGAGCGAUUGGUUU